CGACGACGUCUGAAACAUCAGUGUUAUAAAUCUUGACGCUUCGACUAAGCUUCAUUCGAUUUCAACUCGUUGUUAUCAUCCCAGUUAAAAAUGUCUGGACGCGGUAAGGGAGGCAAAGGUCUUGGAAAAGGAGGAGCGAAGCGCCAUCGCAAGGUUUUACGUGAUAAUAUCCAAGGAAUCACAAAGCCCGCUAUUCGCCGUCUUGCAAGAAGAGGUGGUGUUAAGCGCAUCUCGGGAUUGAUUUACGAAGAAACUAGAGGUGUCUUGAAAGUAUUCUUGGAAAAUGUGAUUCGUGAUGCAGUCACGUACACCGAGCAUGCAAAGAGAAAGACCGUCACCGCUCUAGAUGUCGUCUACGCUCUCAAACGCCAAGGACGCACUCUUUACGGAUUCGGCGGUUAAGCGGAAUCUUAU